GACAAAUAGCGGUGCAAUUUUUAAUCCCCACUUGAAGUCAAAACCAAGUGCGCCGAAACUACACCCGGUUGCUUCUAGAUUGCUUUCGAGGAACUUGACUGGGAACGAGGAAAAGCUAAAAUCGUGAAAUGGCCAUGAGAUCCGUGCUGAGCCGAUUCUCAGUGAGUGUGACUCGUCGGAUGGAGUCGACUCGGGGUGCAACACGCUGCUUCAGCGACGACAAGGGCCGGGUUCUGGGCGAGGAGGAGCGCGCUGCUGAGAACGUCUACAUCAAGAAAAUGGAGAGGGAGAGGUUGGAGAAACUGAAGAGAAUGGGUGAGAAAGAGAGAGCAGAGAAAGAGAAAGCUGAGAAAGAGAAAGAGAAUGCUGACAAGAAAUAAUUAUGAGGGGGAACCCAUCAGGCUGAAAUGUUGAAGUGCACUAGUUGAUAACUUGUUGCUUUAGAGAUGAUGACGAAGAAUAAAAAAUGAACCAACUUUGAUAACUCAUGGCCAGAUUUGGAGUUUGUACAAAGUUUGGGUGCUGAUGUCUUUAAACUGAAAUUGACAUAACAGAUGUUUGUGUGUGGUUCUUUCUUGUUUAUCUUAAUGUCUUUUCCCUUUCCUGGUUUCA